GUGUGAUACUGUACAGAGCUCGCAAACUACACCAUUUUUUAAAUAUAUAUAUAUAUAUAUAUAAGAAGACAAAUUUUAAAAGGAUGGGAGACGAUACUACUUGGCUGUGAGAUUAUUUUUUUUUAAAGAGCAUCUUCAAAGUUUGUUUUUAUAAACACAUACAAAACUAGUUAUAGGCUAAAAGUCUCUCUAGAUACAUGCCAAGGGCACGUUGACGUGUAUUGUCACGAACCCUAUUAAAUGUUGACCCGCACAAGGAAAGCGGUCUUGGAGACGCAUUGCCUUUUCGCUCUGAGAACACCGAGUUGGUUUUGAGUGACGUUUCUUUCUCUUUUCCUCCGGUGCGAUCGGUCUGCGAGCUACACCGUUUUCUAAUUGAUCCGUCAUAAAUGUCAUUCCUGAACAUAAGAAAGCCGGCGAACCCCGCUUACUCCUGUAUCGUAUUAUUUCGUUUCAUUAAUUUCGAAGCCAGAGGAUCGAUAAACAAGAUCAAUUUUUUUGAGAGUUGAGAGAAAUCAAUAGGCGACAUAUCAACCGCCACGCCGAGACCUAUUCCCUCAUCGAAAUGAACGCAGUGAAAUAACGACUCUAAACCGACUCGGUCAGAUCAGGUGAAUCAUUUUCAAAGACAAGGACUAUCAUUGGUCUCACACCAACCGACAAUAAUGUCAACAGAAAUACAAGCAAGUGGCUGUACAUGUCAAACAACGUUUGUAUUGUCAGGAAUUCACAGGCUAACACAAAACUCUUCAUAGAGUUGGUCCCUGUCAUUUGGAGGGCAGCCACCACCUGCUCCAGGUCAGUGAAGGAGAGCUCCUCAUGGAGGCCGAUCAGUUUUACCAUUACAUUACCCGCUCUCAUCCUGUUGAACGCCAUCAGUAGCUGCCACCUUCAGUGAGGUCCUCUUAAGCCACUUCCACUGACCGCUGAACCCUCGUUGCCAUGGAGAACAUGAGUGAGCUCCAGAACCCGCUCCUGGACAAGAACAGCAAGCACGUCGUCAACGGUUACGGCGGCGACUUCCCUAACAACCAGUACCAGGAGAACAUCAUCAACUACUUAACCGGUGGCAACAGCGGAGAAGGAGGAGGUAACACUACCAACGGUACGGUGGCCCAUGUGGGACACAACAACCCCAACGGCAAGACGAAAGCUCAACAACUCCUGGACGCCACCUCACUCCAUCUGGCCGUCGAGGCCUUCUACAGGCCUAACUUCAUCCUGUACAAGGAGGAAGGGGGAGGAGGAGGCGGAGUCAAGGCCAAGGAUUAUAAGAGCGAGUGCUGCGAGACUACCUUCACAGAGAAGAAAGAGAAGGAGAGGGAGGCGUCUGUAGCAGUGGAGACCCCCGGUAGCACAGAGGACCCUCAGGCCAAGCUGCUGGAAGAAGGAGACAACGUGAAGAUACAGACCGUCUCCUACGAGGUGGAGGAGGAGGAAUAUGUGGAUUACGAGACGGACGGCUCCAGUGACAGUGAGAGUGAAGAUAACUUCAUAAUGAUCCCACCCAGAGACCAUCUGGGCCUGGCCAUCUUCUCCAUGCUCUGCUGCUUCUGGCCCCUGGGCAUCGCUGCUUUCUACUUCUCCCAGGGGACCAGUAAGGCGGUGACGAAGGGUGACUUCCCGCUGGCGAGCAUCGCAUCCCGAAGGGCUUUGUUCCUGGCGGCCCUCUCCAUCACCAUCGGGACAGGUGUCUACGUGGGGGUGGUGGUGGCCCUCAUCGCCUACCUCUCCAAGCCAGGUCACAUAUAGCAGUGCCAAGGGGAACCGGUAAUGGACACUGCUACUGCCAGGGAAAGGUGAAGGGGGCAUCAUUCUUUUUUUCUUCCACCAUCCCUCUAUCUGUCCAGCCUUCUCUCAGACUACCAGGUGAACAACAGGAGAGAAGUGAGGAACCAGCCCUUCUCAGUGGACACUGCUACUACCAGGGAAUGGUUUGAACUGCCCUCCUCUCGUAACAUAACAGCACUGCUGACAUGCAAUCCGUUCCUCUCUCUUUCCCCCUCAUCCCUUCAUCUCACUAUCCUCCUCCCUUCAGCCUCCCUACAGGCAGCAAAGAUUAGAUGAAGGAACAAAGAGGAGCUAGACAUGAAGGGGAGAUGAGGAGGAGGAGGAGGAGGAGAAGAGCAGGGGAAACUAGGACAGAGAGAACACAGACACUGUUUUCUCUGGGAAAAGUUAUCUGAAGUGAGGUAAAGAAGAACACAGUUUGAGAUGUGAUGUCCUGUUCCGUUCCGUUCCGUCUCCCCCCCCGUCUCCCCCCCUGUAGGGUGUUUAAACUUAGCUUUGUUACUUCAACAUUCUACAGACCAUUACAGAAAACGAGAUGGGUGGGUGAGGGAUCAGACAGCAAAAAAAAAACAUGGUUUGCAAUUACUGAGAGUUUAGCAGACGGAGAAACUUCAAGGGACCGCUGUGUCUGGAGGUCUCACUGAGAGGACUAUAAAAACGUCCUUGAAUUCUCUAUCUGUAUGCCGUCUGAACCAGGAUUGAACAUUUUGACUAUCUGGAUCCCCUGCUACUAACUGACUAUCUCUGUUAAUUUACCAUCAAAUGCUUCUUCAAUGGGUCUGGUUCUAAGGCCUACUGCUGGGUGGUUCUCUGUCAACAUGGAGAGAGAGAGAGAGACAGAGAGAGAGAGAGAGAGACAGACAGAGAGAGAGAGAGAGAGAGAGAGACAGAGAGAGACAGAGACAGACAGAGAGAGAGAGACAGAGACAGACAGACAGAGAGAGACAGAGAGAGAGAGACAGAGAGACAGACAGAGAGAGAGAGAGAGACAGAGAGAGAGACAGACAGAGAGACAGAGAGAGAGACAGAGACAGACAGAGAGAGAGAGAGAGAGACAGAGAGAGAGAG